AGACUGAAAAUAGAUCCAGCUGGGUUUGGUCUGACGAUCAUCGACUCCUGUUUCCACCAAAAUAAACGGACGCUACCGGAGGAUUUACCGUUUAUCUUUUUGUCUUUCAGCUAGAUCCGGGUUUUCUUCAUCCUGCUUGAAUCAGAAACGUUAUUUUUAUUUAUUCUAAUCAGCCUCAUUUAUAUUUUCCAACCUCUCCGAAGUGAUGUCUGUCGCGGGGUUGAAAAAGCAGUUCCAUAAAGCCACUCAGAAAGUCAGUGAGAAGGUUGGAGGGGCAGAAGGAACCAAACUAGACGAUGACUUCAAAGAAAUGGAAAAGAAGGUGGACAUCACCAGCAGAGCGGUGCUGGACAUCAUGACCAGAACCACAGAGUACCUGCAGCCCAAUCCAGCAUCCAGAGCCAAGCUGAGCAUGAUCAACACCAUGUCCAAGAUCCGUGGCCAGGACAAAGGACCCGGCUACCCGCAGGCCGAGACCGUCCUGGGCGACGCCAUGUUGAAGUUUGGGCGGGAGUUAGGAGAAGAGUCCUGCUUCGGUUUGGCGCUAAUUGAUGCCGGCGAGUCCAUGAAGGAACUCGGGGAGGUGAAGGACGCUCUGGACAUGGAGGUCAAACAGAACUUCAUCGACCCGCUGCAGAACCUCCACGACAAAGACCUCAAAGAGAUACAGCAUCAUCUAAAGAAGAUGGAGGGACGCCGUCUGGACUUUGACUACAAGAAGAAGCGUCAGGGGAAAGUCCAGGACGAUGAGAUCAAACAGGCACUGGAGAAGUUCGACGAGAGCAAAGAGAUCGCAGAGCAGAGCAUGUUCAACCUACUGGAGAGUGAUAUCGAGCAGGUGAGCCAGCUGGCGGCGCUGGUCCAGGCCCAGCUAGAGUACCACAGCCGGGCCGCCGAGAUCCUCCAGCAGCUCUCCAGCAAGAUGGAGGACAGGAUAAAGGAGGUGUCCAGUAAACCGAGGAAGGAGUACGCUCCGAAACCCAGGAUGACCCUGGAGCUGCUGCCCCCCAGCGAGAGCCACAACGGGGGGAUACACUCCGCCAAAUCCCCCGGAAGAUCACCAGCCCCGAUGGACCAGCCGUGCUGCAGAGCGCUCUACGACUUCGAGCCAGAGAAUGAAGGCGAGCUCGGCUUCAAAGAGGGCGACGUCAUCACCCUGACCAACCAGAUCGACGACAACUGGUACGAGGGCAUGAUCAACGGCCAGUCGGGCUUUUUCCCCAUCAACUACGUGGAUAUCCUGGUUCCGCUCCCUCAUUAGGCCCCGACCCGGCCCUCUCCCCUUCGACUGACCCCCCGAAAACAGCCUGUAUUUGCAUAAACAACAAACCACGCCCUCCUUCUACUUCUUCUUCUUCUUCUUCUUCUUCUUCUGUGCUUCUGUGCGAUUCUGCUUUCACAAAACGGACUGGACGGGGCAGCGAUUAGAGGAGAAGAAGGGAAGGACAUGAGGAUCAUAGCGUGAGGAUUAAAGCAAGCCGAGAGGAGUCGGUGCUCGGCCGGGCAGCGCUGGAUACCAAUGAGGCUUUGGAGACUUGCAUAAGGCACGGUGUAUAUGUACGUGCAUGUAUGUGUCUGCAUUUCGACCUCUUCUUACUCUAUUACGAUCAAGCCAGCAGAAAUUCCUGCCCGUCGGUUCAACCGCCUGACAGCUUUUCCUGUGACACUGUCUCCUUCCUCUCUUCCUACUUUUCUCUUUCCCUCGAAUAUCUUUUCUACCUUGACUUGCCUUCCUGUGCUCUUCUUCAGAUUUCUCAGCAACUGUCACAGUCUUCCCCACUUUCUGUCUUUCGUACUUUCUCUUUGUCUUUCUGUCCUCUUCCCUUGCCUAGCACUGCCUUUCAGCAUGGCUCCAUACUCAGUUCAGAUCCAGAGCUACAGCUGGGCGUCAGACCCUUCUGCUUUUCGUUCCAGUAUACCUCGCCCUCUUUUUUUAGCUCUUCUUGUAACAUACUUUGCGUUUUUCUCCGAGAAUCCUCUGCAUAGAAUUUCAGCUCAGCGGCUGCAUGCAUGAACCAGCCAAACUGAAAAAAUUCAAGUGAUAGAACGCUGGGUGAAAUCCAGGUUUUAGGAGUGCAUUGCUGGGGUAAAGCAGUACCUGCAAUAAGCUUAGUCCUGUAAUGGAAAUUUUAACAGUUUGAGGGUCAGGAAACUCUUUGAACUCAUCAGUAAGCAACACAGGCCUGUUGUACUGAACGGAACGUACCACCAGCUUGGUGAAUUGAUAAGCCUUGCAUAGAGAAAAAGAGGCUUGUUUUUCGCUGUAACUAAGUUACCCAUUCACAGUGUUUUGUGUGUACUGUGUGGAGUAGGUGCUUGCUGACUCGUCUUAUUUGUGGCUUUUGCAUGCAGGGCCGUGUGAACAGUGGUAAAAAUUCCUGUUUUCAGAACUUUUAUUUGCUCAGAAACCUGUCUGGACAUCUAUUCAGGUUUGCCAUAUAAGUAGGAUGCAUAGCAGUUGGUGGACAGUUUAUCGAUUGCUGUUAUCACACAACCUGUUGUCGGUAGGGUUUGCUUGAAUAUUUAUAGUGUCAUUAAGGCAGCAGACAUUCCAAUGUGAUCUCACGAUACACAGACCAAAUUCUCUAACCUUCAGAACAUUCCGGCUAUCGCUUACUUUAAUACUCAGUUCCAGUUUUCAGUUCCAAAACCUUCCUAUGUACCAACUGUAUGCAAAAUGCUCAAUGUUUCUGAAAGAAUAUUACAGUAUGUAAGCACUGGACACUAUACCGGCAUAAAUAUCCCACAAUUCAAUGCAGUACCGAAAGCUACCAAAGCAACUAGUCCUUAAUGACAAUUACUCUUUGAUUUAAGUCUAAGGUUGAGAUGGAAACAAAGUGUAGCAAGUUGCUAAUUCUGCCUGAUAUCAAGCUAACAGAUGUCAGUGGAGAUAAAGACAAUGAAAAGAUACCCAAUAUACUUUAUUCACUAAAAAAUGUAGUGCCUAUAAGAGCUAUUCUCCCCUCUUGGAUUUUUCCCCCUUUUAUUGCUUUUCAACAUUGAAUCAUGGUCACUUUGGUGUUUUGGCAGUAAAAGAUCCUUGCAUGUCAAAAUAAAAAAAACAUUCUUUGCGAAGCAAUAUCAAUAAAUUCAAAAUAUUACAUGUCAAAAAGCGACUAAAUCCGAACUGCUUCAGGGAGAGUCUUGAUGGCCUUCCUCUCUUCUCGGCCUCUUCUUGCUUUGUCGGUCACUUUUUGAGGACGACCUGCUCUAGGCAGAUUUACACGUGCCAUAAUCAUUCCAUUUUUUUACUGAUAGAUUUAACUUCACUCCUAGGGAUGUUCCUUUUAUUGUUUUUAACAAUGAAUCAAGGUCAAUUCAAUUUACCAAAAAAAAAGAUUUUCUGCAAAGCAACGCCAGUUAAUUAAAAAUAUAAAAUUUGAAUUAAGUGACUGAAUCAGUGCCUCUUCAGAGGGAGUCAUAGGUGUCUUGGUGGCCUCAUUUGUCCUGUUCUUGAUCAGUCACUCUCUUUUUGAGUACAAACUGCUGCGAGCAGAUUUACACAUGUGCCAUAUUCCUUCCAUUUCUUAAUAAUGGAUUUAAUUGUACUCCAACGGAUGCUCAGUGACUUGGAAGCCUUUUUUAUGGAGUGUUCUUUGGUCUUCAUGUUGUAGUUACAUCCAGGAGUACUGAUUCACCUUCCAGAUACAGGUGUCUUUAUACUACAAUCACUGAGACGCAUCACUGACGCUGCACUCAGAGGAUCUUUUUUUUUUUGUCAAUUCCUGUCAAAAAAAACCCAAAACUGUCCAUUAUUUAAAGUUGAAAAGCAAUAAAAGAGAAAAACUUCCAAGCACAGUGAAUAGUUUUUAUAGGCACUGUCUGCUCACUUAUAUUAUACGUAUUCAGUAUGCCGUUCAUAGUAUGGAGUUUCAGUAUAACCUUUCAAACACUCCAGAAAUUUGAACGUUUUCUGACUUAGACAUUACUAGAAUCUCAGUACCAGUCCUCACCUCCACAUUACAGUGGAAAACAGGAGUCUUCUGCUGCAUGUUCUGCGUCAGUCAGCGCGAUAUAUAUACGACCGCGAAACUGCCUUAGCUAUAAUGCUUAUGCUAUAAGUAGUGCUUUUGUCAAAAACCUCUGACUGCUGGUAAUUUUCCAUCAGAAAAAGCUGUCUUUGUUGUCUAGUCUUGAUAUGAAGUUCUAAAUAGAGUGGGCUCUUGUUGAUUGUUUAAAGUCAUUGGGAUAAAUCACAUUUCAAUACUCAAACAGUUAGUUUAGGGUUAGGAAGCACUCAGUAUUGGUGGUAACUAUAAGCUAUGCUAGUUCCCUGGAGCAUGCAUCACAUACAGUAUAUAGUGGAGCUGGUACAAUGGCUACAACUGUUACUCCACCAAAGUGCUACCUACCUAUAUGACAGUAUUCUUUAAAGGCAGUAUUCAGGAGUCUGAUCUUAUAAGAAAGGUUGUUAUUUAUUGUUAAAGGCUCUUCAAUAAUGUUCAUCAAUGAUAUUAGGUUACAAAGAUAAUGACAAAACUACCUAGUUCAUGUAGUGGAAACAGAAUUACAGGGUUUUACAGUUGAUAACAGCAAAACAGGUGUAAAGGUGCGAUAUAUGAGUAUUUUAAAAAGUUCAGUUUCUGAUUUCGAAGGCAGAACCAUCCCAUCCUCACGCAUGUUUUUCUACCAGCAGGGUGGCCAUGUCAAAGUUGAGGCAGUCAUCCAUGUCUUUCAGUUGCUCUCUGGACCACAGACAGACUUCAAAACACGUUAUUUUCCUGUGUAGUAUCAAUGAAGACAUGCAUACCUGUCAGUCACCAUUUUCUAUCUUUUAUAAUAUAUCCAUGAUGAAUUUCUUUAUCUUGUAAGCGAAACAGAGCAAAUUUCACUUCAACUCGUCGGUGGCAGCUUUGUGAUGUGUCACUCUUUGCACAUUUGUUGCAGCAAAGUUCAGUUCUCUUCCAUCUCUGUUUGUAACCAACCCAGUCUACACAAAAUUAUGUUCUUAUGCACCUAAACUGCAUUCUCAAAUACAUUCUGAAGGUGUAAUGUAAUUUUGUGACGUGGUAGAAAAGGCAACCAGUUUGAAAGUGCGGUAAAGUCUGAGGUAGGACGGGAGGUUGGUGGCAUAAACCAGUUGGUUUGGUAUUGCACCAAAACUACAUUGUUAUAUUUAGAAAAACAAUAUUUUAUGUUGAACAGUUUUACAUGUCAGAAGCUUGGUUAAGGUUUGGAACCAAAUUUACGUGGUCAGUGUUCAGAAAAACAUCAUGGUUUGGGUUGAAGUUCAGUCCUUUUGCCACAGAUUUGAAACAUCCUCUUCAUGUUCUGGGUUACUCAAUAAUCCCACCCCAUCUAAUGUAUUUUUGAUUGGCUGAAAAGAAGCUACAGUUAUCAGAGACAAAUAAAUGGAAACUCUAUUCUUUUGUAAUGUAAUUGAAAAUGCAGUUUGGUAGUAUCUAAAUGUAAUUUUGUGGAGACUCGGUUGCAGAGACAAGAUAAAGAGAAAACUUCCUCAUAUUGAACUUUUACUUUGCUUUACUUUUGUGUUGUAGAAACCAAACUCUUUCCUUCUGAUUGUGGCAAAUCCCAGUACCCACGAUUUAUUUUUUGACCACCAAGCAGUGAACUUAAAAACCUGGUCAGCCGACAGGUAAAACAUCCGAUGGGACUGAUCUUUCAAAAUAAUAUACUCACAUGUAGCACCUUUAAAGUUGGAGCUUGUUGACUGUUUUUACCUGCAAGACAAGUUGACAAGGAGGGUCAUGCACAGAUGUGGAACUUUUAAGAGUUGGAUUCAAAAUUCAGCAGCCAGUUUGCAACGUUAGAAGCUCGAAUGUAUGACAAAUCUAGAGAACAACAUAUUGUAGUCAUGUCUUGCUGGAAUUAACAAACAUCAGGAUGUAAAAUCAGGCACCUUGAUAGAAUUCUUGCUGUCAUUUUCAUUUUAAUGAAACUAAAACCUACAUAGUUGGAAGCUUAAAGCAUCUAAAAAGCUUUGCUUUUUUUCUAUCUAGGCAUUAAUUAUUGUGUCUUGAAUGUCAGCAGGAAUCUGUGCUAGCAUAGCUGAUGAGGCAGAUGGGACUGACCAGCUGACCUUCACAUUCGUGCACUUUGCUGAGUUGAGCAGAACUGAGUAUUUAGCUCCCGAAUAAUGAAUACCACAUCUUAAAUGUAAGUCAUAAUAUUAAAACACAGAGAGAAGUUCAUUAGAAAAACAUGGGAGGUUUCAACUAUCUCUGAUUUCUAUUUAAGAGCUGAUUUCAUUCUCCACAAUGUUUCAGAACCUCUCUGCUCCAUGUAAACACUGCCUGCAGUUCAGCUGAAAAGCUGCUGAAUUUUUGUCAGGUGACUGAUAGUCACAGCUGAAUCAUCGAUGGUUUUUUGGUUGCACCAAAGAGAACAGAUUUUUUUUUUUGUUUUUUCAGAAUGUGGAACAAACCAAUUUUAAAUGAGGCAUGUCGAAUAGCUUGAUGGUAAAUUACAUAUUAGCUUAGAUUUGGAUCAUUUUCCUGACGUAACCAUACACAUCACGUGUGAUUAGUUCAAGAACGAUGGGAAAGUUCAAUUCCCCAUGAAUAUUUUUGUUUGCUUUUAUAGUUUCUGGCUGAAAUGGUGUCAUUAGUUUAAAAAAAAAAGAAAGAGCUAAAUUAAGAUUUGGGGGUUCAUCAGGUUAAGAUAGCUCAUAACUAAAAAUAUUAUUCAGAAAAAUUAUGAAGUAUCUAUUUAACAAUAUAUCCUGCCUUGAAUGAAGGUACUUUGUAUUUUGUUUUUCUGAGGCAGUCCACAAUCAGCAAAUACAAGACAUGAGGCACUACUGAAGCAAACAAAAUAUGAUACCAAGUGUUUCAUUAGAGGAUUGACAAGUUCAAAGCUGUAAGUUUCUUUUGGACACAACUAGUAAUAAUAAAAAAUGGAAGUUUCAAGCUGGUUGCAGAAAUUCAAGAUGUUCUAUUAAAUGUCAAUAAACAUUGAGUAUAAAUGCAAUAAAUUAUGACAUAACAAUAAAGGAAAGUUUCAAUAAGAGGAAGAGAUGACUUAAGGAAAACUGUGUAUCUAUCUAUCUAUCUAUCUAUCUAUCUAUCUAUCUAUCUAUCUAUCUAUCUAUCUAUCUAUCUAUCUAUCUAUCUAUCUAUCUAUCUAUCUAUCUAUCUAUCUAUCUAUCUAUCUAUCUAUCUAUCUAUCUAUCUAUCUAUCUAUCUAUCUAUCUGCUCAGACAUCUCUUCCAUUGCCAAAGCACAUGUAUGAUAACAACAAUACAAUCACAACUGCAGUAAACUGGGUAAUAAUCUCUCUUCCUCGCUCAUUCUUUCUGCUGCUCUGUAACUGUUUCAGGUUGUUGUAAUCAUCGGGGGUUUGGAGCUCAUCUGUGUUCAGUGUUUCCUUUUUAUUUUAUUUUUUAAAUUAUUUCGUCCGUGAGUUCUGUGUCUGAAAACCUGAUUUUUCGGAGUCCGCCUGUGGAAAGUCUGUGAGCUGCAUGCAACUGAACCGCUUUACAUCUGCUGUUCGAGAUGGUUUUCCAAAAAAGAAAAAAAAGUUUAAAGAUUUAAGAAAAAGGAGGAGAUAUUUGUCCUGCUGGCUUUUUUUUGCGAUGCAGUGAGCCUAAGUUAACUGCUGUUCUUAAGUUCUGUUGUUCGAUUACUGUAUUGCUUUUUUGACCUGCUUAAGCUAUAUUCAUAUAGCACUCUUAUUCCAAUUACAAAGUGCUUUAAGACUUUUUUAAUUUUCUCGAAUGUUUUAAUUUAUUGUUUCGCUCUUUUUCUAUGUUUGUUUGUUCUUUUCUUUUGUGCUGACUUGCCCUCUAUGGCGACAUGUAUUCUAACCUCAGUGAGGGACUUGUACAGUGUUACCCUCCACCAUCCCCGUUCACCUUGACGGGAGUCAGACCUCGGCCAUGUUUCCUGCCUGAGUUUCGGUUUCAGCAUCAGUCUCGGAUUGAUGGAUCGAGUGUUGCAUUUCAAGCCGAACUUGCAGACUGAAGCUUCAGUUCUCACAGCAGCUCUGAGAACAGAAAUACUCCCAUUGUUUGGGAUAAACCUGAUAAGAAUGAGUUUUAUUUUAUUUUCAGGUGCUGAUAAAUACGUGUUGACGGGAUAUCAAAGUGAUAUCCUCCAUAUUCCUCAUUUUAAGUUAUAUAUGACAUUUUAUGAGCUUCACAGUGGUCAGCACUGUUGCCUCACAGCUAGAAGAUGUGAUAGUUUGCCUCUAUGUGUAGCCCUGAGAUGGACUGGUGACCUGUCCACGGUGUCCCCUGCCUUCACCCUAAGUCAGCUGGGAUAGACUCCAGCACCCCAUGACCCUAAUGAGAAUUAAGCGGUGUAGAUAAUGGAUGGAUGGAUGACAUGUUACAAUAAUUAGCCAAUAAUACAGUCUUCUAUUAUAUGCCAGAUGCAAUGCUACAAAGUUUCUUGUACUACAUCAACUAAACAUCAUGUAAACAUAGAUGUAGCCGCUGUGACGCCACCUAUUGGUUUUGUAAACUACUGUUUUAAAGUGUCUAAUCUUGGAUCUGGCUCAGAUCUCAACAACAUGCUCAAAUGAUAAUGACUUAUCAAUCACAAGGUAGCUACGCCCUAAAGCGUACCCUGCUUUAUUGCCUAUUCUCGGCUAAAUGGGACCAUAAUUUACAAAAGGAGCAUCUUUCUGCAUUGAAAUAAACUUGAAACUAGCAAUCAAGAUCAUAAACUCUUUAGGAAAAUGUUUACUGAGUUAACAAAUCAAGUGAGAAGUUGGGUCAUUUUCUCAUAGACUUCUGUACAAUCUGCAACCAGACUGGUCACUCCCUGCUGGCUGUUAAUCAGAAUGCAGGCCUAAGUCACUUCAGCAUUGGCUUCACUUUUCAGGCCUGAAGGCUACAUCUGUAUUUUAUAUAGUCUAUAAUUCCAUGUACCAUGUUUGGUUUUUAAGGAUGAGAGCAUUGCAGAAAUAUGACCUCACCAAAGUUUCACCAUUUCAGCUUGCUGUGCUGACAAUGAGCAAAAAUCCACAUAAUUUUUGUGCAGCUUGAGCUUCAAAUCAUCUGUGCCAAUUUUGGUGAGGAUUAAGAAAACUUUUUCAAACAAUCUAAUAUAACAGAUGUUGGUGUCAGAGGGCAAACAAGCGCUAUAGUGCACAAAGUGCACAAAAAUGUAAUGGGUUUUUCCUUCACUCAUGCUCCACUUUUUCACCAAGUUUAGUUUAAAUUGGCCUUGUAGUUUCUGCGUAAUCCUGUGCACAGACAAACAAAAAGCAAGGAGAACAACCUCAUUGAGGCAACGAGUAAAUCAAAUGCAAAAUAAGCAAAAACAAAACCCUUUUCUUUGAAGUCAGCUUCUUUAAUGAACCGGUUAAAGAAAUAAAUCAACAUUCUGAGGAAAUACACUGACUUGUUUCCUUGAUAUGAAUUUGACACCUCAAAUCUGCACAGUAAACAUAAAGCUACAGCCAGUUAGCUUAGCAUGAGAUAGCAACUCAUUUAGCUUUGUUAACAACUACUUGGUCAAAUUGUGCUGUAGAUUGUCUUCUGGUUGACUUCAUAGCUGAAAAAGUUAACUUUAGAGAUAAAAUAAAUGGUUUAGUUUCCGCUAAGCAUCCAGGCUCAUAAAUGCAGUUUCAAAACAUGACUAGGAUUUAUAAUUUCUUUACGUUUAUGAAUCUUUUUUUUCUCCGUUUGUCAUGCAACUUUUUAACUCCACCUGUGAGGUUGCUCAUGCCCUGCUUCAAAGAGACAUUUCUCAGCAACUGAAUCUCUGAUCUGCCGGUUGAUUUUCAGGUUGUAAUAAUGUGGCCUUGGUCUGAACCGUGGCUGUUACAUAAUAUUACUGUAUGCCUUGUGACUGUAAGAAUAAAAAAGACAAAAAAAGCCCUUGGCCUAUGGAACCUGCUGUCUCCUGGUGAGCUAUAUGUGUGUGUGUGUGAGUAUAUACACACCUUGUUGCUAUUUAUUUAUGGACUUUGCAAAUUCAUUUGGUUAUUUAUUUAUUUAUGUAUUUAUUUAUUUAUUUAUUCCUGCGUCCUAUUUAUUGGCCGGGCACCUGUGGCAUAUUUGACGGUUGUCAAUACAUUGCUGUGUGAUGUGGAGGGAUUUUUGGGGUUUUGGUCGGGUGGGGGUGGUCAGUGGAAAAAACCUCGCUGUGAUACUAACUCUAACUGUUGCUCUCCUCGUAUUGGACGAUGAUAUAAUCUAAGACCACUGUAUGUAUAACUGCUUGUCGUGAAGAUGAACUACAAUGUAAUGACAAUAAAGAAUUAACACUAUGAUGACA